CUUGCGGGACAUGCGUUUUUGAAUCUGAAUUUGGUUUCAUACUCAAUUGUAACUUCAAAAAGUCUGGACUAUUUCGUGUAAGGAAUUUGGGCGGCCUAAAAGCACAUUUUGGUUUAGGUUUCAGUUUAGGCGAUGAACUGGGCUUCGCUGAAUCACUCGGCAAUGUAGAGGGUGAACCGGAGCGACGACGCGCCAUUAGCUAUAAAAAUGGGCCACCACCCAGCGCUGCAGGUGUAAUGCCUGCCACACAAAAGCCGCCAGUACAGCAUCCCAUACCCGAGAAACGUAUUGGCGCGCGAGCCUCUCCAAACUACAACGCCGCUUACAGAGAGAAUCUUAAGCGUCAAGUAGCGCCAACACAACUAAUGACAGAGGCGAGACCUUUACCGUUAGGUGUGCCAGCAUUUCGACCCAUACCGAAAACUGCAACUGUGCCCGUAGCACAAAUGGCRCAGCGACGCACGAAUGUCGCAGUGGACUCACCAAAUCCGAGAGUUCGCCUCAACAACAAGUUGGUAGAGGGUUACUCCGAUCCAAUGAACUCCAAUCGUACAUUCCACGUCGCGAACCCUUCUGUCUCGCAACCGCUUGCAGUGCCCGCCUUCCAGGCAAUGCCUAAUUCGGUCGCACGUCUCGCUGCCGUUACAAAGUCCCUMACUAAUGCAGAGGAACGAAUUAUGCAUGGGCAGCCAAAUUACUUGCAGUUCGAGGAACCGAAGUUCGAUUUGAAGGAUGUGACGGUGGAGGAAUUAGCCUCGGCGGCCAAUGUCACCGUGGACACAAUCAAACAUGCAAUCUACGUACGUGAACAACAAAUGAAAGCCGAGCAUCGUGCUAUGUUGGCGGCUAAGUUGCGUCAAGAAUUCGUACGUACUUCGACGACAGCACGUACUACGACAACAACAACGCCAGCACCGUUACCAGUAGCAGCGAUUAAAGCACCGGUGAUGAAUUGGGCCCAACCACAGAACGAACUCGAUAGUCAGAAUAUCAAAGAGAAUGUAGCUUUCGAGAGUAAGAUGUCAAAGGUCAUGAAUGCACCACGCGAAUAUUAUCCAGUUGGUUAUGACAAAAACUUCGAUGAUAACUUUAAAUCCAAAGUUGAUCUGCCACCGACGAGUUUCUCAUGCGGCAAGCAAAAGCAUUUCCCAGGWCUCUAUGCCGAUACAGAUCUUGGUUGCAUGGUGUUUCAUGUUUGUGCGCUCACCGAUGAUGGACUUGUACGCAAAUCGUUCCUUUGUCCAGAGAGCACACUCUUCGAUCAAACAAUCUUGAAAUGCAACUGGUGGUUCUAUGUGGAUUGCAGUGCCAGCAAAAGUGUCUACGAUUCCAAUAUACCCAUCUCUAAGAGUUAUCAGCUCAUGAAGUCGCUCACUUACUUCUCCAAAUACAGCAAAAAUGCUGACAAUGAAGGCGGUGAUGGCGGUUUGGAUAUACAAACACUCAAAGAUUCCAUGGCUGAGGAAGAGAAUUCUAGRGCACGACGCGUGGACAGCGAUGAUAUCUAUGUGUCCGAUAAAGCGCGCAGUUUUGCUAUACAUGUWGAAGAUACAACCACUGUAGCGACGGAGAAAGCACAAAGUGACGCUAUAAGCCCUACUUUGAAGACACGUAAAGUCGAAUUUAACAACGAUAUAAAAACGACGGCGGAUGACUUGCCAGAGGGCACCACCGAAGUGGAUAUAAUCACACCACAACCUGUCUACGAUCGCCUGGCUGAGCUGAAGGCCAAGUUGGACAGCAUCAAGGCGGCAAAUGGUCAGACCACAACACAAGAAACGAAUGAAGCUURAGUAAGGGGGGUUGAGCGCUUGUUAGCGCUAUGCAGGGAUUAAAAUUACUAAGUUAGUGGAAGUGGUGUUACGAAACGGAACCUGCGCAAGUUGGUGGUGCAACGGUYGAGUUAUGUAGUAUGAAGCCGUCAAGUAUGGGUUUCUUAACACUGUUUAUAGGUUGUUAAGUAAAUACGUCAUUCCUAAAUAGUCAUUGUGCGCAUUCGAGAAAUWGAGAGAAAAUUAUAUAAAAAAUUGUAAUUAAAUAGGGGGUAUGAUUGUUGCGCCAGCUUAGUGUUAAGUUUUCAGUCCGUAAUGUCAGACACACAACAUCAAUAUAAAAAAAAAAGUAAAAAAUCAGCGUGUGUGGGAAAUUCUUGGAUAUACCUAUAAUAUGAACGUACAAUUACAUGUAA